AUGGACAUGAUCGUCCACUACGACCAGGACCCAACGCUAGCCUCCAGCAUCGGCGAGAUGGACACCACCCCCAUCAUCCCCCAGCUCGCCCCAGACGACAUCCUCCAGGCACCCUUUAUGUCCCCCUCUCACCCGGAGCUUGGCGUCCACCCCGCGACGGGCAUGCCCAUGCUUUUGCCGCCCCAGGACCAGAAUCUCGCCUUCCUCGCAAGCCCACAGGCCCAAGAGCUUGCCGUGAACGGCUUCACCCCCGCAAUGCAUCUCCCGCUAUCAGACCUGCAGAUGCCCCCCGUGAAUGUGUUUAUGAACGCUCAGAUGGAGCCGGCCCUGGAUGCGCUAUCCGCGACGACCCCUUAUGAUAUGGGCUUGGUCCCGGACCCAUUUGCGAUGGUGGCGACGGAUGCGGCUCCUGCGGACGUGCGCACGCUUUCGGCGUCGCCGCCCCAGUCCCAGGUCCCCUCGCCGUCCGUGCACGGCUCGUCCUCGUCUUAUGGCGCAGGGGUUACGUCCUCGCUUGAAUCUGCACUGGAGCCGGUGACUGCCCAUGCGAGCCGAAGUAGGGCGAAUACGUCCCUGUCGCCGCCGUCUUCGUUCCCGUCUUUGUCACCACAGAGUUUGCAUAAUGGGGCUACGGAGUACCCGACAUCUAUUAGUCCAGGGAGCAGCACUACCACUAGCGCGCUCGAAGAGUCCAUUUCGCAACAACAGCCCCAGACGCUGAUAGGCAAGCUACUGAAGGAUAUCGCAAUUACUGCAAUCGAUGCCGGGGAUGCGUUCGAGCACUGUAACGGGCCCGAGCAAACAACAAAAGUGGGCGAACUCAAAGAUCGCAUCGAGCAGGUGAUGCAAAUGCUCAGGACGAUGGAUGUGAAUGCGCCAGAAACGCAUUCGUAUGUGAUUCCUCCGCCUCCUGUGCCUGUUGCACACCCUUCACAAACAUCUAUGCCUCAUUAUGCGCCCCCUCCUUUCCCUCCAUCUGAUAAUAAAGGUGUUGAGCAGUCAAAUCAUCUCGGCGUAUCGGAUCAAUCUCGCAAACGAUGUGCCUCUGAAUUGGAGGAGCACCGAUCCGUAAAAUCUCUGAAGCGGGAGCCUCAAGACGAUGUACCACUCACUCUAUCUAUGCAAGAAACCACCACGUCUCCGUCUGCAUCUGGCUUGGCUUUUCCUCCUUCUACCACCUAUUCAAUACCCGUAGUGCCAGUGGUUCCGAAGUCACGGCCACCGUCACGACCUCCGACCCCUCCAUCCGCAUUUGUGGCGAAUAACUCCUUUGGCACGAUCAAACAAACACCUUCUGUCCCUGCCGCAAGUCCCGCAUUUAUUUCAGGAACAUCUGCCAAUGGCUCGUUGCCUGCGGUCCCGCCGCCACCUUUUCAUGCCUGGACGGAACCCAUCGUGCCAACGAGACACCACCAUUCGCUGUCCGCAGGAUCCGUCCCUGGACCUCUCAGCAAUUUGGGUGGGCUGUCAACGGUUUCUUCUAGUAGCGCUUUUGCUCCUAUUGGUCUCCAGGCCCCUGUCGGCCAGCCUCUCACGAACCCGCAACCUGGCGGGACUCCUCCGACGAUCACACCUACGAUCGGGAGAAUGUCGCGUUCGGGCUCGAUAAGUGGAACAAACUUCAGGAACAUGUACAAUAGUUUCUCAUUCACCGAGCAACCUUAUUCUGAAGCCCCUGGGACGUAUCAUGGACAGAAAGUGGCCAGCUCUUCGACACGCGGGGGCGGUCAGGCGAAUUGGCAUAUGGGACCUGAGAAUGCUGGCACGAGUUCGUCUGCCACUGGUGUAUCUGCCACUCCUAGAAAGACUGCCUCGUUUUCGAUACACGCACAAUCGCACUCGCACAAUUCCCCCUCCGAUGAGGAAGACGAAGAUGACGAUUCGGAUUCCGAUGAGAGCACGUCUGGGAAAACAAUCCCUCAUCAUGGUUCGGGCGAUCGACACUCUGCAUCAGGUGCAUCGGACUUGCCUCCGGAAUAUAUCCUCGAUGUCGAUAGGAUUUUCUUUGAAUUUUUAAACAAGUUGUGCUCUAAUUUGGACGCGACCGAUGCAAAAGGCGAACAAAUCCAUCAGACUCUUAUGGCGAAGAAGAUGCAGCGUCUUGAUGAAUCGCCAGACUUUCGUCCUUUCAAGUUCCGGAUACAGGCGUUUACCAAUGCGUUCAUGGACGAACUCAUGCUUAACGGGUAUAGCUCCGAUAAAAUACCCAUGAAAAAGGCCCGAAAUUACCUGUGGAGACAGAAAUAUAUUCUCCGGUUCAAUGAGGAUGGGAAGAAAGCUAAAUCCAAAGGUAAUCAUAUAUGGAACGUGGAAGCGAAGAAAACUGGAGAAGGGCAGUGGGAGUUUAGACCCUUCCAGAGGAAGCUGGCGGGGAACCCACCCAACGUUGCGUAUUGUGGAUUGCGCUGGUCGUGGAAGCCGCAUAUAUGGCACCCGCAAUGCUCGUUUAAAAAGGUGCCGGUCACUUACAGCUCGCCGUCGUUACCGUCCUGGCUGUCGUGGAAAGGCGGAGAGUUGUCUGGUACACCUCCUCCUGAUGCUGUAGAUUGUCAGAUAACUGCUAUCGCCAAGUUCAUGGUUGAUGGCAAGGAGGACCAGGUUUCUACUACUUUUACUAUAUCUAUUGCGCCGGUCUCUGCUCUUGAUUCGGUGAACUACUCACGUUCCCGCCGUCCCUCUUUUGCAUCCGACCCGCCACCCCCAAAACGCAGCACAAGUGAUUCGGCACUCUUUCAAAUUCCGUUAAGAGCCGACCCACGAAUGAAUCGUGCCGAAAAUUCUACACACGUUAUCCGGGUUUUGCAAAAUGUUGCGAUGCGCGUUACCAGCGAAGCAGAAUCGCAGUUUGUUUCCCAGUCGCCUCCUAAAGAAGGCAAGCUUCAGGAUCUCGUUAAACAAAAGCAUGUCCUAGAACAGACCGUUCACGCGUACGACAAGGCAAUUUCGGGCCAGGGACACAUGGACUCGCGCCGACUGGCUGUCGCGGCCCAGCAUGUCGUGCUGCAGGCUGCGCAGACCGUUAUCGCAGACCGCACCGUCGCCAACGGCGGAGCUUCCGUCCCUCAACCAGAAACCGUGGCCAUCCAAAACAUCUCUGUCAGCGAAUUGACGGACAAGACGCAGGAUGCUAUUGCGCAGGCUGUCAAGAUCAACGGCACGGCGUCAAACGAGGUGGACAUCAUCGUGAAGGCGACGUCGAUUUUGAAGUCGCAGACGCCCGUGCUGGACACGAUCCCGCCUGUAGUUGUUGCCGCUGCCCUACCCCCUCCGCCGCGGGGGCUGCCGUCGGCCGUUGUGCCGUCCAGGAUUGCAUCUACUUUCCCAUCAUCCAAUUUAUCGCCUCUACCUGAAUAUACGUAG